UUGAUAAAACAGAAAAAGUUAAUUCAGAAAUUUAUUUGAGACAUAAAAUUUCUGACAUUAUUCAAAAUAUUAUUUUUCUUCUAAGAGCUUCAAAUUUAAUUGUUCCAAUUAUUUGUGAUUAUGUUACAUUCCUACAAAAUAUUCAAAAUAUGAUUCCCGAUUAUCCAAUUCACCAAUUAUAUUCAAUUAUUGAAACAUUAAAAGUGGAAGAAAAAGUUCAAUAUUCAUUUGAUAAUUUCAAGAAUGAUAAUUUUUCUCAUAUUUGUUUUUAUUAUUUUCAAUUAAUUUGUGCUCUACUUUGGAUGAUGCAUGUAAGAGAUAAUUUUUCACAGUCUUAUCGUAAAAUUCAAGAUAAUUUCAUUUUUUCACAAUCAAGCAGAAAAAGAAAUUGGGCAAAUUACACUCAUGAUGCUGUUUAUAAAGACUUACUCAAAUGGGCUGUUAAUCUUUAUCCAUUUCAAUCAUUUUUUCAAAAUGAUGUUCUUGAACAUAUAAUAAUAAAUGUUGUUCUAGAAUUACAACCAUCAGAAGAGAUAACUGAAUACCUGGCAACUGUUUUUUUUAAUCAUGAUACACUUAGCACAAAUAUUAAAAAAUUGUUACUUGAAUUACUUGAAGAAUGGAAAACUAUAAAUGUAAAUAGUGUUGAAGGGAAUUUAUUUUCUCAGGAAGAAGGAAGUGAGUUGAAUGAAAAUGAAAAAAUUGAUGAAGACAGUAAAAUUAUUUUUCAAAAAGCAUUGCAAAAUAAUAUCUCAAAUGCUGAAAAUAACAGUAAGAAUGAUUCUAUGAAACUAAAAUCUCUUUAUGAUAUAUUUUUGCUUAAAUGUCAAAGACAAAGAGAGAAAACAGAUAGAUUUCAAACUUUGUUAGGUACCAGUACAUAUAAAAAUUCAUAUAUAUCUUCAACCUUAGAUGAUGCUUACAUAGUUAGUUUAUUUUCUUUUGAAUUGGAUGAUUCAUAUGUGGAAUUUUUAGAAAUGUUUUUAGAUAUAAAUGCUUUUAAGUAUUUGAGUCAAGAUAAUGCAGAUAGAUUAAAUAUACCCUUAAUCCCACUUUAUGCUGAAAAUAUAAGGGAGCAAAUAUAUCAAAAAAAUAAAAGCUUAUUUAAGAAAAGAAGUCAAUUUAUAUUUCCUAUUAUAAGCAACUUAUGGAAAAAUUAUUGUUGGAAAGAAGAGCAUAAAAAUAGCAAUAAACAAACAAGAAAGAUUUUCAAACCAAAAUCCUCAUCAACUCCUCAAAUAAAAAAUGUUAAAAAUUUGCAGAAAGAUUUUUCAAAUAAAGAAAUAAUAAGAGAAGGGUCCAAUUUAGAACUAUCUUCUACCAAUUCAAAAGAGUUUCAUCAACAGCAAAUUAAUUUAUUUCUUCAAUAUGUAGAUUCUAAAUUUAAAGAAAUGGAAGAUAAAAUUGAUUGGUUAUGUUAUUGGGCAAAAAAUUAUCCUAUAUGCUCUUUAGAAAAUGAUAUCUUAAAUGAAAGACCAAAAUUAAAAGUUGAAAUUCAUCCAAUUCAAAUUUUAUAUGCUUUGUAUCAUUUGAAAACAAAUUUUAAAUUUGUAAAACAUGUUGAUGAAAAAAAUGAUGAUAAAAAUGAAAAAUACAUUGAAGAAACAUUAAUACAUAAUAGUGAAAUGAUUGAUUCUAAAAUUGUUUCUGAUAGUAAUUCACAUCUGUCUGAGAAGACAAAUGAUAAUUUUAAAUCUGAUUUCUGUACUUAUGUGGAACCCACCAAAGAAGUCAAUCUUUGUACUAGUUUGAAACAAAGUAUUGUGUCAUUAAAAGAACAAUUGAAUAAUUGGAGAGUUAAAAGGUCAGAAAUUGCUAAUAAUGUUCAUUUGAAACUUAAUGAAGCAUUACCAAAGAAUAUGAAUAGUAUUUCAUCAGAGGAUGUAAGGGACAAAUUACCAAAUAAUGAAGCUGUUCCUAUGCAAAGGUUGAUGCAGAAUGAUGUUUAUUCUUUUCAAGAUCAGAAUGAGAAUGACAUACAUUAUUCAUCUUCAAGAGUUAGUAAAUUUUUAUCUCUUCCAAAAGUCAAAACUCAAGAGUUUGAAACUGCAGUCAAUUCUGAAAACACUAGUUCAUUAACAUCAGUUACAAAAUUACCUUCUGGAAGUGGAACUAGUUCAACAAAUGAAGGAAAUAAAUUAUCCUCAUAUUCCAAUCAACCUGUUGUUUAUCCUACAACAUCAAAGCUUACAAGUAAAGCCAAUAAGAAUGGGAAAUGCUUGAAAAGAGUUAAUUUUACCAGAUAUGAAGAUUUAUUUGCAGAUAGAAAUAAUAAGUUACCCAGAACUUAUACAAAUAUUGGCAUUCAAACUUCAGUAAAUGAAGAAAAUGAAUUUAGUAAUAGGGAAAACAGACAUGCUGUUCGUGAGAUGUUAACUUCAACUGUUCAAGGAACUUUCUGUCAAGAAUUAAGAAAUAUGGCUGAACAAAUGGGUUUAAGCUUUAUUGCUGGUGCUAUUGGAUGUAUUAGUGUACAGUCACAGCAAUCAAGAACUUAUCUUUCAAAUGCAAAUACUCAGACAGAAAUUAUAGAUGCUAAUGUGUCAAAUUCAAGCUGUAAAAAUCAAACAAAAAAUACUAAUCAUAAUGUUGCUGAACAAAUUUCGUUACAGAGGAAGACAGAUGAACACAUAACAAUGAAUAAAGAAUCAUCUGAGAUAAGAGUUUCAAGUAAUUUAAAAUUAAACUCAAACCAUAACAGAACACAAAAAGAUAUUGGACAUAAUCUUAUUGGUAUAAAGUCAUUAGAUGAUUGCAAGAAUGAUAAAUUGUUUCAUAAUGUUAGACAUUCUCAUCGAUCAUUGCAUGCUGUUGAGGAAGAAAUGGAUUCUGGUAAAGAUGUUACUCCCGACACUCUAGAUGAAUUAUCAGGAAUUGAAAUUUCUAUUGACUCUUGCUUUGAUAAUACUACUACAGAGAAGGAUCCUACAUUUUCAUUCAAACUUGAAGAAUAUGUAAAUAAAAUAAUUUCAUUUCCACAUGUUUUGACAUAUGAUAAAAGUGUAGACAAAACUUGUUUUCAAAAUAAAAAUCAUCAGUUUUUAACAAUAAACCAGAAAUUUAAAGAAAAUAAUAAUUUUUGUUAUCAGCUUUUAAAUAUUCCAAACAAGCAACCAAAAGAAGAAUUAUUUAAACUGCCUCUUAAGUCACAAUAUGAAUUAAUAAGCCAUUGGAAUUUAAAUGCUACAACAGAAAAGAAAAAUUCAGAUAUUAGAUCAAUGCUACCUGAUUUAUUAAAAUCAAAAUCAGUAAAAAAUAAAAAUAUUCCUCUUUUACAAUAUUCUGAAAAUAAUUAUGGACCUUUACUGUACUUAGAAGAAGAACAAAAUCAUAAGUUUAUUACACAGAAGAAUUUAAAAAAUAAACAAAAUGAAAAUUUACCCAUGAAUUAUGUUCAGGAUUACCUUUUGAAGAAGAAUAAGUUGGCAAAAAAGUUUGAAAGAAGGACAAAACAUAACUCUGGAAGCUCUUCUGAAAGCAAUAGUGAUAGAAGUGAAUUACCAUCAAAAACAAAAGAUGUUACUCAUGAUCAUUCUAAAAUGAAAGAAAAAACAUUAAAGAUAUUAUCUAGUGAUACAAUAUUAAAGCAGUUACAACAACAUUCUCAUUUUCAUUCAACUCAGACCAGUCAAACGUAUGCAGAUAUUCAAUACAAUGUAGUCUCUAAACUAAAACUGGAUACCAAAAAGGCUGAUACUGCACUUACAACUAGCAGAUCUGAAGUUAAGAAUAUUGAAACACUAACAGAUGAAAAUUGCUUCUUUGGAAAUGAUAAAACUACUAGAGAAUUUGGAAUUCAAACAUCUUUAAUAUUUAAUAAAAGCGAAAAUUAUGAUAAAAUAGUUGAAAAACCACUAUUAGAUGAUGAUGAAAAUAGAAAAGUAUACGAAAAUCCAAUUACAGAUAAUGAAUCACAGAAAAUUUUACAAGAAAAUAUUCAAAGAGAAAUAGAAAAUAAACAGAAGCAAGUAAACAGUUUAAAUUUUAAAAAUAUUUUAGAUCAUUUAAUAGAUGAAAAUUUAUCCUCUGAUGGUGAAUUAGUUCAACUUCUUGAAAAUUCAAAGCAAAAUAUUGAAAAAAUUGAUCCUGAGUUAAAAAAUGAGCCCAGGCUAAAUAAUGAAAAUAAAUUUGAAACUGAAACAGACAAGACACAAAUUUUAGAAGAUAACCAUGUUGAAAAUAAUAAUAAUUGUAAACCUGAUUUAAAAAGUAUAAGUGUAAAUACUGAAAAUGAAUUUCAAGUUGAAAUAAAACAUAAUGAAAGUUUAGAAUUUAAUGAGAUAGAAAGUAGCAAAAACCAUAACUUGAAAACAAGUAAAGAUAAUGAAAAUAAUCAUCAAACUUUAAUAAAAGAGGAACAAAUGUUAGAAAAUAGUGAAAGAGAGAAAUCUGAAUGUAAAGUAAAAACUCAAAAUGAAAACUUUAGUUUUCAUGGUAACAAUCUUUUACAAAGAAAUACUGUUGAAAAUCAAAUGAAAGAAGAAAUUAAAAUUACAGAAAGUAAUGGAAGAGAGAAAAAUUUAUGUGAUGUUGGUGAUCAAUUGACACAAGAAUUAUUAGUGGGAAAUCAGGAUUAUGUUAGAAGAUAUUUAAUAAGUCAUGAUUCUGAUAAAGGAAAAUAUAAAAUUAGUGCUAAAGAAUCUCUUAAUCAUCAGUUAUUAAAAAUGCAAGAAAAAUUGGAUGCAAUUGAAAAAGUUUCAGAUACAAUGAAAGAAGAAAUUAAUUCAGCACAAAAGGCUGUAUCAUCAAUGGAGAAUUUGAAUCAUUUUUAUUUAUCUGAAAAAAUAUCUACAGCUACAUAUAUUGAUAAAAUAAAAUCUGUUGUGUUACCCAAUAAAGAGCAUAGAAAAAGGAAUUGGCUGUUUUCUGAAAUAAAAUUUCCAGAGGAAACCAAUAAAAUAUCACCAGUUGUAGAUACAAUUACUGAAGAAACUAGUUCGUCUGUAAUACACGAUAAACAUACUAAAGAUGAGAAAAAUACAGAAAUGCAUAAGGUUCCACAAGUAUUUCCUAGAACAGAAAUGAAUAAAAUAGAUCCCAGAAGAGAAAAGCAACUUGAUAAUUUUGAUAAACGAACAAAAAGUGCAAUUGCUUUACUAAAUGAAUUAGCAGAAGAUAAACAUAUUUUACAAAUCAAAGAAGCUCAAUUAACAAGAAAUACAGAAAAAAAAUUAAGUAGCAAUGAGCAUAAAUUAACAAAAUAUCAAUCAUACAAAAAAUCAUCUAACAGCAGAUCAUCUAUUAAAAGAAAUAGAAUGCCAUAUAAAACUGCAAGAGAAACUAAUUAUCCAUAUUUCUUAAAUAAUAAUAUUCCUAAAAUAUUUACAAAUAAAAUUAAGUGUAUAAAAAAUAAAAAGUCAGAAAAUCUAAAAUCUAAAUGCACUUCUGCUAAUCUUGGAGAUACAUUUAUAAUUAAAAAUAAUGAAGAUGAAGAUUUUGCUAGCAUACAGCAGAAAGCUUAUCAAUCACUGAGAAAAUUAUAUGGUUCUAAACAUAUUCCAUUGAGUGCACAAAUUAAAUAUUUGAAAACUUCUGAAAAACCAAAGCCAACUGCAAAAUUCAAUGUUGAAGAUCAGAAAAAUACUCCUAAAAAGGUCAUUGCAAAUUCAAAUAAAUCUGCAGGUAUUGUUAUUGAAGAUAAAAAUCAAAGUAUUACAUCAAAAAAUGAUAAAUCUGGUAGCAGUGAUAAUUUAAGUUUAUGGUCUGUUCCUGAAGAUAUAAAGCAAAUUCUAUAUGGCUCUAACUGUGAAAAUGUGGAAUUGAGCUACACAAGCAAAGAAGAAAUUUCAAGUUUAAUUGAAGAUGAAAUAAGUAUUAAAAGUGAUAUAUCUUCUUUAAAUGAAAAGUAUUGAAUGCCAUAUUUAUUUUAUAGAAUUGCCAAAUCAUUAUAUUUUUUAAAAUAUUGACUAAAAAUAUUAUUGCACAAUAUUAAAUAUAUUUUGUCAUACAGAUUUAUUCUUAAACUGUUUUUACCAAAGCUUUUAGCACAAUUUUUAUGUAUGUUGUUAUUGUUUGAUUGCAUAUUGAUGUAUAUUGUUCCCUAUAUUAUGAAUACUGUUAGGCAGCUUGUAUACAUUUGUUUUUAAUCAUCUCUGUUAAUUUUAUGUAUAUAAUAAAAUUAAAUUUGUCUAA